AUGGCUGUUCACAAAGAUGUUAGUUUCCAUGCUUGCUUACUUGUACUUGGAAUGUUUCAACUUAUAAGCGCCACGGAACUUGACGAUGCUACCAUGUUUUGUACCAUGGAAUGCGGUAAAUUUUCCUACGCUAUAUGUCCACGUUCAGAAGGAAGUCCAAGAAAUCCCAUAUGCAUCAAUUGUUGUGCAGGCUACAAGGGUUGCAACUAUUACAGUGCUAAUGGAACUUUCAUUUGUGAAGGAAAAUCUGACCCUAGAAAGCCAAACACUUGUCCCAAGAAUUGUGAUUCAAAAAUUGUUUAUUCAAAGUGUCCUCUUUCAGAAGGAAAUAGGGUAAUUGAAAACAUCAAAUGCACCUCAUGUUGCACGGGUUACAAGGGUUGCUACUAUUUCGAUCUAGACGGCAAGUUUGUUUGUGAAGGAAAACGUAGUGAACCCAAGAUUUGUACUCAACAAUGUGACCCUAAAGUUGCUUACAUGAUUUGUCCAUCUUCUGGAUCGACAAAAUUACUUACUCAAAUUUGUGUCAAUUGUUGUACUGCAAAAGCAGGUUGUAAACUCUAUGGUCAUGAUGGAUCUCUACUUUGUACUGGGAAGCCUAAAAUUCAUUAA